AUGAUUAGAACCAGUACUGUUCUGAGGAAUCAGCUCGUCAGAAGUACGGUGAAUUGCAAAGCAGCAUGUCCUGCCAUCGUCAGCUCUGCUAGAGUUUCCUCCAAAACCCCUGUAUCUGUUAGAUUUUACUCCACUAGAUCCACUGUGAUUCAACUUUUGAACAACAUUGGAUCCAAAAGAGAGGUCGAACAAUAUCUGAAAUACUUCACUUCCGUUUCACAACAACAAUUCGCCGUCAUCAAGGUCGGUGGAGCCAUCAUCACCCAACAAUUGCCAGAGCUUGCUUCUUGUCUUGCUUUCUUGUACCAUGUGGGGUUGUAUCCAAUUGUUUUGCACGGUACCGGACCUCAGAUCAAUGAGAUCCUCGAGAACGAGGGAGUCGAGCCUGAUUACAUCGACGGUAUCCGUAUCACCGACGAGAGAACAAUGGCCGUUGUCAGAAAGUGUUUCUUGGAACAGAACCUCAAGUUGGUGACUGCAUUGGAAAAAAUGGGCGUUCGUGCUAGACCAAUCACAGCUGGUGUUUUCCAGGCCGACUAUUUAGAUAAGGACAAGUACCAGCUUGUUGGAAGCAUCACAGGUGUCAACAAGGCCCCUGUGGAAGCUUCUAUCCAGGCUGGUGCCUUGCCUAUUCUCACUUCAUUGGCAGAAACUUCUUCUGGCCAGAUUUUGAAUGUCAACGCUGAUGUUGCUGCUGGUGAAAUUGCCAGAGUGUUCGAGCCAUUGAAGAUCGUCUACUUGAACGAAAAGGGUGGAAUCAUCAACGGUAACACCGGAGAAAAGGUCUCCGCCAUCAAUUUAGACGAGGAGUACGAAGACUUACUCAAGGAAAGCUGGGUCAAAUACGGAACCAAGUUGAAGAUCAAGGAAAUCAGAGACUUGUUGAUGCAUCUGCCUCGCUCUUCCUCGGUCGCCAUCAUUGACGUGAACGAUUUGCAAAAGGAACUGUUCACCGACUCUGGUGCCGGAACUUUGAUCAGAAGAGGUUACAAGCUUUUGGUCAGAAACUCUCUCGAGGAAUUUCAACAGCCAGAUCUUCUUAGAGCUGCACUCAACAGAGACGUCGAAAUCUCUUCCGGUUCCACCUCUGUGGCUUCUUACCUGAAGGCACUCGAAUCGGUCAAGUUCAAGGCUUAUGGCGACGAGCCUCUUGAGGUGCUCGCCAUUGUCAGAGAUGAUACAACCGGAGUUGCCAAGCUCGACAAGUUCCUUGCUUCCAAAGCCGGAUGGCUCAACAACGUGACUGAUAACAUCUUUACAGCUAUCAGAAAAGACUACAGUGCUUUGCAAUGGACAGUCAAGGAAGACGAUCCAAACACUGCUUGGUUCUUUGCCAAGGCCGAUGGGUCUUUUGCUAAGAACGGACACAUUUUGUUCUGGUACGGAGCAGAGAGCAUUGAGCAAGUGAGCUCCUUGAUCGAAAACUUCUCCAAGCAGGUUGCAGGAAAGCAAAGCGGAAUUUUCAAGUCUGGCUCCCAGACCAGAAGCUUCAGCACUCAUAGAAAUAUCCAAGGUGGUGUUUUCAGCAGACAGUUCAAGAGAGGUCUGGCAACUUCUGCUAAAGCCAAUCCACCACUCAGAGAUGGAUCGAACACUUCCAAGUCGCGGGUCGCCCUGAUUGGUGCCAGAGGAUUCACUGGACAAAACCUGAUCUCCAUGAUCGACCAGCACCCAUACUUGGAGUUGACCCACGUUUCUUCUAGAGAAUUGAAGGGCCAAAAGCUCAAGGGAUACAACAAGAAAGAGAUCGUUUACGAGAACUUACAGAUCGAAGAUAUAAAAAAAAUGGAGGCUAACAACGAGGUUGACGUUUGGAUCAUGGCUCUUCCAAACGGUGUCUGCAAGCCUUUCGUUGAUGCCAUUGAGAACACUUCUGGUGCUGGAACGUCCAAGAUCAUUGACUUGUCGGCUGAUUACAGAUUCGACACAACUGGAGACUGGGUUUACGGAUUACCCGAGCUGAACGAUAGACAGGCUAUUGCCAACGCCCGUAAGAUUUCGAACCCAGGAUGCUACGCUACUGCUGCUCAAGUUGCUAUCAAGCCACUUGUGGAGUACUGUUCCGGAUUACCAUCGAUUUUUGGUGUUUCUGGCUACUCUGGAGCAGGAACCAAGCCAUCUCCAAAGAACGACAUCAAUGUGCUGAGAGACAACUUGAUUCCAUACUCUUUGACCGACCACGUUCACGAGCGUGAAAUUUCGUCGCAAUUGGGCUUGCCUGUUGCCUUCAUGCCUCAUGUUGCCCAAUGGUUCCAAGGUAUUACCGAGACCAUUUCUAUUCCUUUGAAGAAGCCAAUGACCGCCAGAGACAUCAGGAACAUUUACCAGGACCAAUACCAGGGCGAGCAGCUGAUUACUGUGAGUGGUGAAGCUCCAUUUGUGAAGGACAUCAGUGGGAAGCACGGAGUUGUUGUCGGAGCAUUUGCUGUGAACGCCAAACAGGACCGUGUGGUUGUGGUUGCAACCAUCGACAACCUUUUAAAGGGAGCUUCUACGCAGUGUUUGCAAAACAUCAACCUCGCCAUGAAGUACGAUGAGUACGCAGGUAUUCCGGACGAUUUGGUGAUUCGUGGAUGA